AUGAAUAACAUGGGGAAUAUGAACGCCAUGGGAGGCAUCGGUGGCCCCGGCGUUCCCCCUGGACCUCAGCAACCACCGCAGCAAGGCACCGACAAUCGCCACGCCGUAUACCUUAACACAUAUAUCUACGACUAUCUAUUGCGCAAUGAAAUGUACGAUGCCGCCAGGGGCGUGUUGAAAAGUGGUCAACCCAUCAAUGUCGAACAAGAUCGCGAGAACGGGCUCGGCGGCGACUCUAUGGAUACCGACUCCAAAGACGACGUCAAUAGCAAGAAGCCCGAUGACCUCCCUGCGCCCAUACUCGGCUCUGCGACGCCCGACAUCAGCUUCUUGUACGAGUGGUUCUCUAUGUUUUGGGACCUGCUGAACGCCUCCAAGGGCAAGUUCGCACCGGCCCAGGUUAGCCAAUACAUCACACAUACACAGAACCAUACACGGAUGAGACAGCAAACUCAACAAGAGAUGCUGCGGGGCAUGCGACCGGACAUGGCUGCUCAGCAGCAGCAAUUUAUGAUGAUGAACAGGCCAAAUGGAAACAUGAACAUGAUGAACAAGAAUCAGAGCUUACAUCGUGGUGCCAUCGCCAACACUCAGAACCAAAUGCAGAUGCUCGCCCAACAAAAGCAAGGCCAGAUGCAACGCGAUCCUUCGGACAUGGACGGUAACCGCCAAAGACCCGGCUCUCCCAAUUCGGCUGACAAUGCUCCAUCACCGAAGCGAGCGCGCCUCGACGGCGGCCCUGGGUUUAACCCGAACCAACCCGGGAUGAUGCCCAAUGGUCGUCCUGGCGCACCAGGAAUGCCCAAUCAACAGACGCAGCAGCUCCUCCUCGCCAACGGCGGUGACCCCGGGACUACGUAUGCGCAGAACCUCCAGCAGCACCACGGCAACCAAAUGCCCAACAAGCCCAUGCCUGGCCCCAACGUUCCUCAGGGUCAAGGCUCGCCGAUGGUUGCCUCUGGUCCCGACGGCACGCAGCUCAAUACAUUCUACAAUGCUCAAGAGCAGAUGGGUGCCGCGCCCAACGGCGGAAUGCGUCCCGGUGUGCCAGCCACGCAGAACGGAAGCAACCACGCUCUUCAAGACUACCAGAUGCAGCUCAUGUUGCUAGAGCAACAGAACAAGAAGCGACUCAUGAUGGCUCGGCAAGAACAGGACGGCAUUCAAGGCCAAGGCAUGGCUCGACCCGAUGGUCCCGGCGGUCCCGGUCCUGCCGGUGGCCCUGGUGGUCCUGCAGGCGCACCGAACGGACCCCAAUUCCAGGGAGCUUCUCCCCAGGGCGCGAGACCCGGUGCAUCCCCGAACCCAAGUGAGCAAAUGAAGCGUGCCGCUGGGCAGAUGAACAACGGCAGCAUGGGAUCACCUCUUCCGGAAGGCGCUCAAAACCGCGAGUCCCCGAACAACCCGAUGAACUUCAUGGGUACGAAUAUGGAUCCCAACGGCGCACCGCACUUCUUCAAGGGUAUUAACAACGGUAUGGAUGCAAAUAUGGCAGCCGCACAGAUGAAUGGCGGCAUGAACCGGCCGCCUAGCUCUCACCCUGGCCAACAGCCGUUCAGCCAGAUGAAUCCUCAGCAGCAGGCGAUGAUGCGUCAACAGCAGAUGCAACAACAGCAGGGCGGUCCCAAUGGCCAGCCUAUGCCGCAAUGGCAAGGUGGACCGAACGGUCAGAUGCCCGGCGGCCCUCAGGGCGGUCCGCAACAGGGGCCCGUCCACGGAACGCCUCAGCAAAGGGCGAUGCCCCCGCCUUCGGCACCCACGGCUGCAGCUAACAGCAACGCGAACCAAAGGAACACUACAGCAUCCCCGCAGGUUUCCAAUGCCGCGCCGCCUACGCCAUCGCAGGCUAACAAGGCAGCCCCCAAGAAGAAGGAUACCAAGGCUAAAGACAAGCGGGCCGCCACGCAGAAGAAGUCCAACGCAAACCUGAAUCCAGCCGCGGGUGCAACACCUGCGGCCGAUGGAGGAAACGACGGCGAGGCUCCUACCCCGGCAACUCCCAUGACGCCGAUGGCCGCCUCACAGCAAAACUUCAACAAGCCUGGUCCCGCGGCAGGAGGUGCUCCGCCUCAGCAGAUGCCUAAUGGUCAACCUCCCGCUACUGCUUCCGCAGCGGCACCAGUCGCUCCUCAGCAACACAAUGACCCCAACCAAGGCUUCAACAUGGAGGGAGGCGGAAUGGACUUUAACUUGGACUUUGCCAACCCAUUGGCCUCGGGCGACGUACUUAACGAUUUCGACUUUGACUCUUUCCUACACGACAACGUGGAAGACACUGGAUUCGGCUUCGACGGCCCCACCUUCAACAUGGAGGGCACCAACGAAAUUGGCGCCGACUAG